AUGAAGGGGCCCAUCACAUCCAACAUCCCCCGCUUCCUCCUCCCACGAGGCAUCCAAUCGCGCACCCUCCGAAUAUACCGCAACAAUUUUUCCACCACCACAAAGCCAUGGGCGGAAGGGCCAGACAAAGCACGCGUAUUACCUCAACCAGAUAAAUUCCGCCCUCCAUCCCAUCCAGCUCGACGCGUUAUGCAGACUCGAAAUGGACAAAAAGUUGUGCGAGAACCGUUUAAUUACCCCGGUCGUCCGCUCACGGCAAAGGAGAAGGAGGAGCAGAAGACCAAGAGGUAUCCGAAUAUGUUUCCUGCGGAGGGUACGGUGAUGUUUAAGUUUUUGACUUCGAGGUGGAUUCAUGUUUGGAUUGCUAUGGGAGUCCUAACGUCCUUGGCUACAUUCACAUUCACCGAAAACUUCAAACGAACCUCCCAAUUCGCGCAUCUGCUCCCGCCCUGGUCAGGCCUACUCACAUCCCCGAUCAGCACGGUUUCGCGAACCAUCUCCGUCUGGAAAAUGCAUGUACAACACAAUUCAAUGAUUGCGCGCGAAAACAGACACAAAAGAGUCGAAGAUGCUGAGAAACGUCGUCAAUACCGCAUUGCGCAUGGAUUGGAGGAGCCGGAGAAGGUUGCUUCGCCUGUUGUUGAGGAUGAUCAGUCGCCGAUUGCGCCGGCUGAGCUUGUUGAUGCUGCGGAGGCAGUCGAGAAACGGCCUGCGAAGAAGUGGUUGGGUAUUUGGUGA